ACCUUUGAUCCUGAGUGUUUUCAGAAAACACGAACGCAUGUGGUUCUACUUUCAGUGACAGAAACUAUUUCAGCGAGUUUCAGUUGUUUUUUUCCACCGUGACUUCUCGCUGCUGUUCAAACACAUAUUCUGCUUCAGAAAUACGAAAACUUUCUCUCCUCUUUCUUUCAAGCUGGCGGAAGAAGCUGCAGUCCACCGUUUAUAAUGUCUCAGGCCACCAAACGCAAACACGUUGUGAAGGAGGUUCUUGGAGACUUUGUCACACCCACAGAAAACCAGCAGAUUGUGAAGGUAACUGGUAGUCGUGGCAACAACCUCCAUGAAACUGUCACAGCUCAGGGCGACACCUUCCUGGUGAGCAUGCCCACCAAGUUCCGCAAGAACAUCUGGAUCAAAAGAGGCGACUAUGUGAUUGUGGAUCCUAUAGAGGAAGGAGAGAAGGUGAAGGCAGAGAUCAGCGUUAUUCUCUACAAAGAUCACAUUCAAUACUUGCAGAAGCAGCAGCUCUGGCCGGAGGGCUUCAUGGAGGACCAGUCAGCACAGGACAAGUCAAACAAACAGCAGGAGAAGGAGGAAGAGAUGGAGGAGAAAGACGAGGAGGACGAGGUCAGCGACUCUGAAGACGACGAGAGUGACCUCUUUGUAAACACCAACCGCUGUAACUACGAGUACAGCGAGAGCGAGGAGGAGGAGGAGGACAGUGAGGAAGAGGACGAGGAGAACAGGACAGGAAAUGGUUCAUAGCUGCAGCACUGAGCAUGAGAACGGACGAUUUAGAUUUAUGAAGAUCAGUGGCUCUGCUCAUCACGGACUGACAAGAUGGUGAUUUGAAAAGAUCCUCAUGCUGCAGCUUCUUCUGCAGCUCGACGGCUUGUCGGAGGCCUUCAAUGGCCGAGCUCGUUCAACCGACUUAGUCAUUCCUGCUUGUAAAAUUUAAUCUGGAAUGUGAAAAUGGAGCUGAAAUUUGUCAACAAUCCACACUGGAUACAUUCCUGCUGGCUUCAGUUUUCAUUGUGACAACUUCUCACAAACUUAUCCUCAUAUACAAACAGCAGUACGUUUACCAGAAUAUUAUACAACCAGGAUGCACACAACAUUUAUUUAUCCUCCAUAAUACAAAAUAAAUCAGUUACAAACUCCCCCAAAAACGCAUUUUAGUGACGUUUAUCAUAAGGCAGCAGCAUUCAUUCACUGCUUCAUUCUGUCACUGAGUCAUCCAGAUUGUUCUGAUUUUCAAAUGAAGGCUUUGAUGAUUCCAAAGAUCCUGCCUUAAAGUUCCAGUUUCAGCUGACUUUCUGUUAGUUAUAUUGUCACCAUGGCUGCUGUUUUAUUGACAUUUCCUGCCAAGUUACAGAUUUAGGUUCGAUUAAAGUUUUGGAACAAAUGAA